UCUUCCAGGAUAAGGUCGGACUUGGCAGACGUUGAGAUUUCUAAAUUCGUGAGCGGCAUCACAGGCAGCAAGUCAACAGUGUCACGCAACAAUCCACGAAGAUGUUACAGAACGUCGACCAGCUCCGGUUACUCGAGCCAUUCGCCACCGUUGUCGGCCGGUUCGUAUUCCUAUUACGCGUCAGCGUCGACGAGAGAUCCAUCGUACGGUGGCUUGGCGGUGAUCCACGAGAGUGACGUAAUACCGCGGCCCAUUUGGCCCUCCGUCGUUUAUCAUCACGCUGAAGAUCACAGUACUAAUUACGAAGGUAUUUAUACGUGUCGUGUAUGCGGUUGCACGUACAACUAUUCACCAUCACCACCACCGUUUCCGCCGCCGCCGCCACCGCCGCCGCCACCACCACCACUACCACCACCACCAUCACCACCAUCACCACCACCGCCGCCACCAACGUCAAGAGCGCGCGAGGUGCUUCUCGAAUUAUCCCGAACUCUCAACUCUGUGAUAGACGGCGACAUCACGGCGGCACCAGAGGAUAUCCUGCGCGAUAUCUCGCGUAUUGUUUCUCUGGAGAUCGGUAUGAGGAACGACAAUGUGUAUGAAUACGUUUGUCCUUCCUGGGCGUUCAACGACAAGAGUCCAUGGCCGGGCUGCGUAAAAAACGUGCCAUCGAGAGCGAAUCCAGUCCACUCGAAAUUUUACGUCAGUCCUCGCUGUUUCUACAAUUCGGGACGAUCGAUAUUGUCGCUCAAGAACCAGAGGAUAACGAGACGCGAAGGGAACAACGAGACGAAAAAGAAUUCCGGCUUUGCAAGAAAGAAGUCUUGCGAAACUGAGUCAAAGUAUUCGAUGCAGUUGGAGUGCAGCGAAGUAGGAUCAUCCACCGAAGAAACAGUCGCCUCAUCAAACGACUGGAAUCAUCGUUUAGCAAUACGAAGAGACGAUUUCGAUUUCACGCUCGAUGUGACGCAGGUCGAGCGUUUAAGCCGAGCGAUCGCGAGAGCGAAACGGAAGCGGCAAUGGUGCAGAGCCUUGACCACUCUCUUCGGUCUAGUUUUCUUCGUCUUGAGCGUCGUCAUCGUCUCGCUAUCUGUAACGAGGGGUCGCAAAGUGUUUGGGAGCAUGUAAGAGUCGAAAGAAAAGGAAAGAACUCAUCGCGUAACAUUUAUUUGAGAGUGCUUCCUUGAGAUCGAAAGAACCGAUCGAAUUGGAGCGUACUUUAAACAUUCAGAUAACUCUUGCCGCAAACAUUUUGCAACGCGGAUGCUCUCGUUUCGUAUAUAUCUCUUUCAGUACCUUAUAAUAUAUACACAUGUAUGUAUAUGUAUAUUUAAGUAGAAUCUGAGAAAGAUCCUGCAAUCACGAUGUAUGGCUGUGACCAUGUCUCUUUGCGUGCGUAUUGUUAAAUACCGUAUAACGCAUCAUGAUCGUGUUAAGUUAGACUUUUCGUAGAGACAAGCGUGUAUGAUAUUACCAGGUAAAAGAAAACGGGUAUCUAUGUAGAACUAGAGUAACUUUGACCAAACUGCAAUUAACUUAAUUGUCGAUUAAUUAAAUCUGGCAAAAUUACUAAAGGC